CGGUCCGCACUGAUGGCGCGCACAAGCAGCGCGGGCGGGGGGCGGUAGUGGAUCGGCAGGGUCCGCCCCGCGAGCUUCGGGCUCCGCCUCCGCCUGUCCCUCUAGUCCCGGUGCAGCUGCUUCCGGGCUCUGCGGCUCCGGGCGGAUCUGCGAGGCCGCGGCCCGGACGCUGGGCCCGGGAGGGGCUGCAGCGCCUGGACGCCUGGCUCCCCAGGCAGGCCCGCGCUUUGCCUCGCAACCAGGAUCUCCGAGGACAUCUCCGGCCUGACCUCGCGGAGACCGAGUCUCAGCUGCGUGCUCAGGGGCCGGCGGGGCCACUUUAUAGGGUUCAUAGCCCUCUGAAUCAAGGGACGAACGUUGCUGGCUGGAGUUUGUCGGAUACCUCUUCCCUCACUCACCUAACAGGAGACUUCUUCCUGAGCUGCCUUAGGGCAGCAGUUCAGGACUCUCCUGCUCCGGAGCACCUAGGACCCGGGGCCACCUUCCUUCUUUCCUUCCUUCUUGGAUGGAGCACCUCCUCCCCAGUUUCUGGGGCACCUUGGGGCGUAGCCUUGGUGAGUGAAACUUGGGGUGCUGCCUGCUGGGAAAGAAACCUGGAAAACAGGGAGGACACUGUGGGGGUGACCCAGGCUUUGUCAGAUCCUGAGACUUUUGGAAUCUUGUGUGUUGGGUGGUGGUGGUGAAUGAACUUGGAUGUGCCUUCCUUCACCUCAAAACUGUAAAGGAAACAAGCCGCUUGACACACUUGAGGCUGCAUGACCAUCCAGGGAAGUGGGGAGCCACUUCUGAAUUCAGAGUAGGACUCACCAGCAGAUACCUGUUCUUCUGAGCCUGAACAGACUGUGGCUUCUGAAGAAACCCUCAGCCCCCAAACCUGAGAGUCUAAGCAGUGCCAGGAAGCAGCCCCAGAAUUUGGGGGCUCAUUACGCACCCCAACCAUGUUCCUGCGACAGCUUGGUGGCUGGCUACCUCGCCCCUGGGGCCGCUGGAAAUCAACGAGGCCUGACCUGCCCGCCCCAGAACCCAGACGGAUGGACAGCUCCUCUGAGAAUUCAGGGAGUGACUGGGACAGUGCCCCAGAAACCAUGGGAGAUCUGGGGCCUCCCAAGACCAAGGACUCAGGUGCACAGAGGAGCUCUGGGGCUGCUCCAGAACCAAGCAGGGAGUCCCAAGUUGAGCAACUGGGGUGCAAAAGAAUGGAUUCUCUCAAGUGGGACAAGACUGUCUCUAGCACUCAAGAGUCUGGGAGAUUGGAGGCUGGAGAGACCAUUCCCAAACUAGGAUGGGAUCCUGUGGACUCAGGUAGCACCAGGAAGCCUGGUGUGUCCCCUGAAGAGGGACUGAGUUCCCCUGGGCCUGAAGCCCCAGCGGAGAAGCCUGGCCAGCGUCAGAAGCUGCUGGGCUGGCUGCGGGGGGAAACAGGUGGGGGAGCAGGGGCUCCCUACCAGUACCUGGGGGACCCAGAGGAGUGUCUGCAGAUCUCCACCAACCUGACCCUGCAUCUGCUGGAGCUUCUGGCCUCAGCCCUGCUAGGGCUGUGCUCAAGGCCCUUGCGGGCAGCCUUGGACGCGUUGGGCCUGCGUGGACCGCUGGGCCUCUGGCUGCAUGGGCUACUGUCCUUCCUGGCUGCCCUGCAUGGGCUCCAUGCCGUGCUGAGCCUACUUACCGCUCACCCCCUGCACUUUGCCUGCCUCUUUGGUCUUCUACAGGCCCUGGUGCUGGCUGUCAGCCUCCGGGAGCCCAGUGGGGAUGGGGAGGCCACUGACUUGGAGGGCGAGAAGUUGGGGAGGGAGGGUGAGGAGCAGAGGGGAGACCCAGGAGAGAGGCUGUGACCACGCGGUGGGGUGUGGCCCAGGGUCCCACCCUCAGUGGGUUGGGAGCAAGGGUGAAGAUAGUGUGGGGACAUGAUCCACAUUGUAAGCACAGGGACCUCAGGGAUGGGGCAGAAACCCCGGAGUAUGAGGGCACAGAGCCCCCCUUCACACACAGCAGAGCUGUUUAGGGUGUCUGUGUUUAUGGACAGUGGGGGCAUUGGCCUUGAAUUCACCAGCUAUUGUUAAUUUUUGCUUUUACAUUUCUCCCACUUCGUUUUUUUUUUUCCCACCUCCGCUUUUUAAAAACCAAAAAAAAAAAAAAAAAAAAAAAAAAAGUGUGGUGGUGGAGAAUAAAGACUAAAGGGUCUUCUCUACCUUUCAAAACUCUCCAGGGGUGGAGGAGACUAGAGGCAAGACAGACAGACCUCUGGGUGGGGUAAGAGGGUGGCUGAGAGACUCAAGGGAUCCUGUGGAUCCUGGGAUCUGUGCUAUCUAGGGAAGAGUGGCACUGCUAGGUGGGUGGAUUAGGGGGUCUGGAUGGGGUUCCCACAGGUGAUGGGGAGCCUGCAGGGGGGAUCUGGGUGUUCCUAGGAGCCAGAGGGAGUGGGGAUGGUGCUGGCAGUGUUGGCAGGAGGGCCAGCUCAGAGGGGCUGGCAGCUCAUAGGCAGCAUGGGGGAGCACUGGAGUUUGCAGACCCCACUGGGGGGUUGGCUUUGCUCACUCAGCAAUAAAUAACUGUGUCACACCAAAUCCUAAAUACACCACUAAAAGUGAGA